AUGGUCGGCGCGGCCUCGACCCGCAGUCCCAGAGACGACGCGGAACGCGCCCUCGCUGUUUGCGACGGGCACCUUGGUUCGGCUAGGUACCCGAGGAGAGAGCAGCUGAAAAAAAGAGAAGUGCCUGGAGGUUCUCCCCCUGCCCCGCGAGGACGUGAUGGGAAAAGCCGGUGGCCUGCUACGUUGGCGGCCUCUCCAGCUUGGCUUGGGACCAGGAGAGGUGGCUGGGUGAAACGUCUCGCCACCUCUUGGGUCUUUUUUUUUUUUUGGUUUUUUUCUGGUGCGGCCGCCGGCGAAGAAGAGCGCCCAAAAGGCUCCGGCGCUCCCGAAGAGCGGCUUGGGGGCUCGCGCGGCGUAGCGCUGGUGCCGCCUCCGGGACCCCAAAGAACAGCGCCACGGAUACAGAAGGCCUUAGGGAGGCCGAGUCCUCGGCUUGACGCUGGCCGCUCCUGGGAGGUGCGUCCGCUGGAAGGCCCGCCCGCGCGUCCAGAGUGCCGGAAGGCUGGUGGGCACGUCUUCCUCGGGUCAGAGUGCUGGGAGGUUUGCAGCUUGACGUCUCCAGUGGGGUGGAAGCCACGUGGAGCAGGUGAAGUUGCUUUAGAAGGUCUUACUCGGGAUGCACAUUUUUCCUUUGCCUUUGCGCUGUGGCGUUCCGCAGUGAAUCGCUGGCUUUUUUUCCUGCGGAACUGUGGUUCCUAAAACACCUGCCGUGCUGCGUUUCUCACGAGAGCACUUAGAGGAUCUCUGUAAAAAUACUAUU